ACAGAGUCGUGCGUUAUAUCUGACCGGGGGCUACAGACGCGGCAACAGCAUCUUUAGCCUGAAUCGGGGAAGGACACAGUUGUCUCCCUCUUUUCUUCAGCUGUCGCUCUGUUCGUGUUUGUGGGAAAGUUGUCCAGAGUUUGCACUCACUCGGCAUUUGGUCUCGUGCGUGGAACCAAUGUCUCCCCCUUCUUCUCGGUACCGACGCUAAGGUUCUAGAGUGGGAAGCACACAACUAAAGUCGAACUUUUCUCCAGUGCUCAGACCGGUCGGGUCUUUGCAGAAUGGGCUUCAUCCUCUCGCCUCAGUGGCUCCUGCCACUCUUGGUGGCGGCUUUAUCCACAGCGCAAGACCCACGAAGCCCCGAACCGGACCAAGACAUUCCGGAGGGAGCGUCCACCUUGGCGUUUGUUUUUGACGUGACUGGUUCCAUGUACGACGAUCUGGUCCAAGUCAUCGAGGGGGCAUCAAAGAUUUUGGAGACGUCUCUCAGCCGACCCCAGCGACCGCUGUACAACUUCGCUCUAGUUCCCUUCCACGACCCAGAGAUCGGACCGGUUACCAUCACAACGGACCCAAAGAAGUUCCAGGACGAGCUGAAGGAGCUUUAUGUCCAGGGGGGUGGAGACUGCCCAGAGAUGAGCGUUGGGGCCAUCAAGAUCGCCUUGGAGAUUUCCUUGCCGGGGUCCCACAUUUAUGUCUUCACAGAUGCCCGAUCUAAAGACUACAAGCUGGCCCAUGAGGUUCUUCAGCUCAUCCAGCAAAAGCAGUCUCAGGUGGUGUUUGUGCUGACAGGAGACUGCGAUGACAGGUCCCACAUUGGCUAUAGGGUCUAUGAAGAGAUUGCCUCCACCAGCUCCGGGCAGGUGUUUCACCUGGACAAGAAACAGGUCAACGAGGUUCUGAAGUGGGUGGAGGAGGCGGUUCAGUCCUCUAAGGUCCAUCUGCUCUCCACGGACCACUCGGGCUCCGAGGCCAACACGUGGCCUCUGCCCUUUGACCCCAGCCUAAAGGAGGUCACCGUGGCCCUCAGUGGCCCUGCGCCCAACAUAGAGAUACGCAACCCACAGGGCAAACUCAUAGGAAGCAGGGAUGGUCUGACAGAGCUACUGAACAUUCCCAACUCUGCCAAGGUCAUCAACGUGAAAGAUCCACAGCCAGGAAUGUGGACCAUCAAGACCUCCAGCAAGGGUCGCCACUCUGUCCGCAUCUCAGGCCUCAGCACCAUCGACUUCCGGGCUGGCUUCUCCAGAAAGCCCACGCUGGACUUCAAGAUGACCUCUAGUCGGCCCGUGCAAGGUAUCCCUACCUUUAUCCUUCUCAACACCACGGGGCUGACCCACCCGGCGCGGCCUGACCGCCUGGAGCUGCUGAGCACCACGGGGGCCGUGCUCAAGACCCUCCCCAUCCGCUACUUCCCCUCGCGCGAGCCCUACGGCAUCUGGAACAUCACCGAGUUCAUGCCGCCUGACGAGGCCUUCUUCCUGCGCGUCACCGGCUACGACCGCGACGGCUUCGUCUUCCAGCGCGUCUCCAGUGUGUCCUUCUCCAGCAUCGUGCCAGAUGCCCCUAAGGUUCAGAUGCCCGCCCGUACCCCUGGGUAUUACCUGCAGCGUGGGGGCAUUAACUGCCUGGUGGACAGUCUCAUUCCCUACACAGUCCGCUUUACCAGGGACGGGACACGACUCGGGGUCGACCAGCUCUACAAGGAAUCAGCGUCGGCCGAGUAUGUGAUUGAUCAGGUGUCUUUGAAGGACGAGGGCUUUUACGAGUGUAUCGCCAUCAAUAGUGCUGGAACAGGACGAGCACGCACCUUCCUGGACGUCUCAGAGCCCCCUCCAGCCAUCUCGGUGCUGGCCAACUCCACAGCGUCCCCCGGUGGCCGUGCCCUGCUCUCGUGUCAGGUGGUCAGCACGGUGGCCUUUCCAUCCUGACCUGUGGCCUUGUGGGAGGGGACGCCCAUGGACCUCCCACCCGCCUCACGCAAACUCUCCUGAGCUAUGUGUGCGAGUCACCCCGACGGCCGGGGUUGGUACACCUGCGUCGCGGAAACCAACCGAGGGGGAGCCUUAGCUGCGCGGGUCUACCUCAACGUGCAAGAGCCGCCACUGGUCAGUGUGGAGCCACGGAACCAGACGUUUCAGGAGGGCGACGAGGUUUGGAUCCGAUGCUCCGCCAAGGGCUUCCCCACGCCCAACGUGGUGUGGACUCACAAUGACAUGUUCAUCAUGGGAUCCAGCAGGCAGUGGAUGAGCCCUGAUGGGACGUUGGUGAUCAGGAACACGGUGAAGAAGGAUGCUGGCGUGUAUGGCUGCCUGGCCAGCAAUGUGGCUGGAACACAGUCUCAGACCUCUGCCCUCACCUACAUAGAGUCCCCUCAGGUGACGGUGCUCCAAAGUGAGCUCCUGGUGGGUCUUGGGGAGAUGGCGCUCAUGGAGUGUACUGCCACUGGUAUCCCACAGCCAGAGUUCCACUGGUACAAAGGUGAUUCGGAACUGCAUGCGUCUGGAUUGGUGGACGUUGACCCUGAGAGGGGCACUCUGAGCGUUUUACAUGCCCAGGGCCUUGGCCUUGGGGACUACACCUGUGUGGCCUCCAGCGCAGCAGGAAACGACCAGGGCCUCAUCACACUAGAUGUGGGAUCUGCCCCUGAGUUCACGCUGCGACCCACAGACGUGUCUGCGGACAUUGGCUCCAACAUCACCAUGCCCUGCCGCGCCACGGGGCAUCCCACGCCGGUCAUCACCUGGCGCCCGUGGCAUUAACGCAGCUCUCUUCUCCCCGCCUUGCGAGCACAGCUUAGUCCACGCCAGGCGCGAGAGGGACACCUGCACAUCAGCCCAGAUCUGUGGGUGGAGGAUGAAGGCUUGUACUGGUGUGAAGCACAGAAUCCAUUUGGAAAGAUCCAAACCCAGGCCACUAUCACAGUCACUGGACUCGUGUCUCCGGUCAUAGGCCUGAGUCCUGCAGUGGUGAGUGUGGUGGAGGAACAGCAAGUGACUCUGCCCUGUGUGCUUCUGGCUGGAAACCCACUGCCAGAACGAGUCUGGAUUCACCACAACGGCCUGGUGCUGUCUGACUCUCAUGUGAGCAUCCGUAAAGAUGGCAGUCUACACAUUGAGCGUGUGCGACUACAAGACGAAGGGGACUACACCUGCCUGGCAGAGAAUGUUGCCGGCUCAAGCAACCACACCACCACCCUCAACAUAUACGUCAUGCCAAGUAUUCAACAUGGGCCUCAAGUCUUUAGCACAAUAGAGGGAGCUCCGAUCUCUUUGCCCUGCAAUGCCAAUGGAGUACCCAAGCCAGACCUCACCUGGUCAAAGCGUGGGGAGCUGUUGGACCUGAAACAGUUCCAGCGUUCUCUUUUCGUGAGGGCCAGUUCCCUACACAUCACACGUCUCCUGGAGAGCGAGUCGGGAUUCCUCUACACCGCCCUGCUUGUAGCCGGAUACGCCUCCAGAAAAGUCCAGCUCACCGUCUACGUGAGACCCAGACUGAGUGGUGGAGGUGGAGGUGGAGGUGGAGGUGGAGGUGGGGGUCCGCUGGAGGUGACGGCCAUAGCGGGCAGUGAUGCCACCCUCCCCUGUGAGGUCCAUAGUCUCCCCCCGCCCAUCAUCAGCUGGUCCAGAGACAGACAGCUCAUCUCACCACACUCGCCACGGCACACACAGCUUUCCUCUGGCUCUCUGAAGAUUCUGGACACGCGAGUGUCCGACAGUGGACUUUAUGUGUGUGUGGCCUCAAACAUCGCUGGCAACUUCACACAGACCGUUCGACUCAGUGUGCAUGUCCCCCCCAGCAUCCAGCCAGGGCCGCGCCUGAUGAAGGUGCAGGUGGGCCAUCCAUGGAGCUGCCUGGUAAUGGCCAGGAAGUGCCGAGAGCCCACCAUCAGCUGGCUGAGGGGCCCGAGCGCCGCCCGGAGGUGAGCGGGCAGCUUCUAGCCUCACGAGGAGAUGGCGCUGAAGAUCAGGAAGGUGGGCCUGGACGACGAGGGGGUCUACACCUGCAGGGCCAGCAAUGUCGCCGGGCAGGACGAGGCCAACGUCCAGAUCCUGGUCCAAGUGCCCCCAGUGGUGGAGGUGUCAGAGCCUCCGUUCAACAGCCCUCUUCAGGAGCGCACGGCCAACCAGCGCAUCGCAUUCCCCUGCCCAGCCAAAGGCACUCCUAAGCCGGUGAUCAAGUGGCUGCGUAACGGGGAGGAGCUGACAGGGGCGGAGCCUGGAGUGUCCAUCCUGGAGGACGGCACGCUGCUCAUCCUGGCGUCCGUGUCGCCACUGGACAGCGGCGAGUACGUCUGCAUGGCCGUCAACGACGCCGGCUCCACCGAGAAGAAGUACCAGCUGAAAGUGAACGUGCCACCUGAUGUUCGAGACGGUGGGUUGCCAAGCAACGUCUCCGUGGUAAUGAACCAGCCCACCAGCCUGCUUUGUGAUGUGAUAGGAAGCCCCGCCCCAGUCAUCACAUGGUAUAAGAACGAUGUGCCGGUGGUGCCAAGUGGGAAUGUGCAGAUCCUGCAGCAGGGGAAGGUUUUGCGGCUGCAGAAGGCAGCAGUCGCUGAUGCUGGACAGUACACAUGUAAGGCCAUCAACAUCGCUGGCAGCACAGAGAAGGACUUCCACUUGGAUGUGCUCGUCCCCCCCAGCAUCGUCGGGACAGGUGCCCCUCGAGACGUCUCCGCCAUUCUCAACCAGGAGGUCAACUUGGAGUGCAGGGUCAAAGGGGAACCCUUUCCCACAAUUCAGUGGUACAAAGACAGGAAGCUGGUAUUUGUGGGUGACCCCAAUGUGGAGGUUCUGGACAGAGGUCAGCUUCUGAAGAUCAAGAGUGCUCGUCUGGGAGACCAGGCCCACUACCACUGCAGUGUCACCAAUGCAGCCGGAAAGCAGUCCAAAGAUUUCAACCUCAGCAUAUAUGUGCCCCCCAGCAUCAAGGGUGGUAACGUGACGUCCGACGUGACGGCUCUGCUGGACACCAUGGUGACCCUGGAGUGUGAGGCUCGGGGCGUGCCUCUGCCCGCCAUCAGCUGGCUGAAGGGCGGAGAGCCCCUGCUGUCCAGCCGACAGACGCAGUACGUGGACCGAGGACGCCUCCUCAAGAUCCCGCGGGUGCAAGAGGCUGAUGCCGGCCGCUACACCUGCAGAGUAACCAGCGUUGCGGGCACGGCCGAGAAACACUACCUCCUGGACGUCUAUGUCCCUCCCUCCAUCCUGGGAGGUGGGGACAUCCCGGCGGAGCGUAAGGUGGUGUUGACGGAGGGUCUGACCCUGGAGUGUGAAGCGGACGGCCACCCCACCCCCUCUCUGAGCUGGCUCAAGGAUGGCGUUCCGGUACGUUCCGGCGAGAAGCUCCAGGUCCUGGACCAGGGCCGGCGGAUACAGAUCCUCAACGCCAACCCCUCGGACGCCGGACGCUACGUGUGCGUGGCAACCAGCGUUGCCGGGGAGACGGAAAUGAAAUACGACGUCAAUGUCCUUGUGCCCCCAGAGAUAGAGGGAUCAGAGGAAAAGAUUGAUAUGUCUGUUGCCAUCAACAACCUGCUGGAACUGGAAUGUGAUGUUGCUGGAACACCUGCACCUGUUAUCACUUGGCUGAAGGACGGUCAGCCGGUGAGGCAGGGGACAGUGCGCAUUGGGAGUGGUGGCCGGCGGCUGGUCAUCUCUCGUGCUCAGGUGUCGGACACAGCGCGUUUCCAGUGUGUGGCUACCAACGAGGCUGGAGAGCAGGAGAGAGAGUUCAACGUGGCCGUGCAUGUUCCUCCGUCCAUCCGCUCCACUGGCCCUGCGGAGCGCUCCGUGGUCCUCCAGCGUCCCAUCAGCCUUCAGUGUGUGGCCAGUGGCAUCCCUGCUCCCAGCAUUACCUGGCUCAAAGAUGGCCGCCCUGUGGACACCACUCGGGAGUAUCUGAAGCUUGAAUCAGGCGGCAAGACUCUGCACAUCACUCAGGCCAGACUAGAGGAUGCUGGGAAAUACACAUGUGUGGCCACCAACGCUGCCGGCGAGGCUCAACAGCACGUCCGACUCAGUGUCCACGAGCCUCCAAACAUCUUAUUCGAUGAGGACUCUGUCAAUCAUACUGUUGUGGUGGGAUACCCAAUUCAACUGCAGUGCAAGGUGACAGGAACUCCACUACCAGCUGUGACCUGGUAUAAGGAUGGACGACCUCUGACCUCGGUGGCAGGCGUGACCCUGCUGAACCGGGGUCAGGUGCUGGAGUUGAGCCGCGCUCAGGUGUCGGACACGGGGGCGUACCGCUGCGUGGCCAUCAGUGUGGCGGGAAACGCAGAGCUCACACACACUCUGCAGGUGUAUGUGCCCCCGUCCAUCUCCAGUGAUGGUGGGAUGGUGUCGGUGGUGGUCAACGAGGCUGUGCGUCUGGAGUGUGAGGCUGCAGGGGUGCCCACGCCCACCCUUACCUGGCUCAAGGACGGCAGCCCGGUCACUAGCGUCUCCCAGGGCCUGCAGGUGUUGUCUGCCGGCAAGCUGUUAGCCUUCAGCAGUGCUUUAGUGAGUGAUGCUGGGCGUUACACCUGUGUGGCUGUCAAUGCUGGGGGAGAGACUCAAAAGGAUUAUGAUCUUAGAGUGUACGUGCCCCCCAACAUCAUGGGGGAGGAGGCCAACGUGACGGUGCUGAUGGGCCGGCCGGUGGAGCUGCGCUGCCAGAGUGAUGCCAUUCCCCCGCCAACACUGACCUGGCGCAAGGACGGCCGCCCGCUCUACAGGAGACCUGGCACCACAGUGUCAGAGGAUGGCAGUUUGCUGAAGGUGAGCAGUGCUCAGGUGCAGGACGCAGGCAGGUACACCUGUGAGGCCACCAAUGUGGCGGGCAAAACCGAGAAGAACUACAACCUCAACGUGUGGGUGCCCCCCAGUAUCCGCGGCUCUGAGGAGAUGUCCCGUGUGGUGGUGGUGGAGGGCAGUCCCAUGUCGCUGGUGUGUGAGUCCAGUGGUAUUCCCCCACCCAGCCUCACCUGGAAGAAAGACGGCACUGAUCUGAAGGCAGAUGCUCGUGUGCGUGUUCUCUCUGGCGGGAGGCAGCUGCAGAUCUCCAGUGCAGAGCACACAGACACCGCCUCCUAUAGCUGCUUAGCAACCAGUGCAGCUGGCAGCGCCAUGAAGCAGUACAGCCUGCAAGUCUAUGCCCUUCCAUCAGGCGCGGCGGGCGGUAGACGGUGAUGGCCAGCGGCACCCGGCGUCACUGGAGUCUCUGAGGCCCGCGUCUCGCCCGCCAUCACCUGGCUCAAGGACGGACGGCCCGUCGCCCACGGUAACGGCGCGCAGGUGCUCAGCGAGGGCCGCCUGCUGCAGAUCCACGAGGCCCGCGUGUCCGGACGCGGGCGCUACACCUGGGCGGUCAAUUAUGGCGGAACCACCGACAGCAAAUGCGUCAAUGUGCCUGCGGUGAUUCCCCCCAGCAUCACGGGUCAGACGGCGACUCCUCAGAACGUGAGUGUGGUGGUGCGCAACCCAGUGGCUCUGACGUGCGAAGCCUCGGGAAUCCCACUCCCCUCCAUCACCUGGCUCAAGGACGGCACGCCAGUCAGCGCCUCCAGCUCUGUCCGCAUCAUCUCAGGAGGGAGGAGCUUGCGUCUGAUGCACGCAGCAGUGGAGGAUGCUGGGAGAUACACCUGUAUUGUAUCCAACCCUGCUGGGGAGGAGCGCAUGAACUUUGACCUGGACAUACUUGUUCCUCCCAGCAUAGUGAAGGAGGGGACAGUGGAGGAUGUGAAGGUCAAGGACAGACAGAACGUGACACUGGCCUGUGAGGUCACUGGUAACCCGGUGCCCGAGAUCACAUGGCUGAAGGAUGGGCUGCCAUUGGUCAGUGACCGGCGUCACCAGGUGAUGUCACACGGGCGCUUUCUCCAAAUCAUAGCAGCCCAGGUGUCUGACACGGGCAGGUACAGUUGCCUGGCGACCAACAGUGCUGGGGACCGCAGCCGACACUUCAAUCUCAAUGUGCUGGUGUCUCCCACCAUCCUGGGCUCUGGUCCUGAGGGCUCUGCGGAGGAGGUGACGGUGACCCUGAGCAGCCCCACAUCUCUGGUGUGCGAGGCUCAGUCCUACCCCCCUGCCAUCAUCACCUGGCUUAAGGAUGGUGCCCCCUUCCAGUCAGGGCGCAACGUGCGAGUGCUUCCAGGUGGGCGAACGCUGCAGAUCCUGAGGGCGCAGGAGGAGGAUGCUGGCAGGUACACGUGUGUGGCCACCAACGAAGCAGGAGAGACGCUCAAGAACUACGAGGUCAAAGUUUACUUGCCUCCUGUGAUCAGCAAGAACGACGUGCCUGGAGAGGGUCUGGCCCCGAAGGAGGUCAAGAUCAAAGUCAACAACACACUCACGCUGGAGUGCGAGGCGCAGGCCAUCCCCACCCCCACGCUGCUCUGGUAUAAGGAUGGGCAGCUGCUGAGAGGUGAUGACCAUGUCAGCAUCUCCGCUAACGGCCGGGUGGUGCGCAUCCAGCAGGCUCAGGUCUCCGAUACUGGCCGCUACACCUGCGUGGCGUCCAACCUGGCUGGCGAGGACGAGAAGGACUUUGAUGUAAAUAUACAAGUGCCCCCAACUUUCCGAGGAGGUAACGGGGGUGUGGGUGGCGCUGGCGUUGAUGUGAAGGAUGUGAUCCUGAAUAACCCCAUCUCUCUGUACUGUGAGACCAAUGCUGUCCCUCCUCCCACUCUCACCUGGUACCGCGAUGGACAGCCACUCACCUCCAAUGACAAAGUACUCAUCCUGCCUGGUGGUCGUGUCCUGCAGAUCCCCAGAGCACAGGCAGAGGAUUCUGGGAGAUACACGUGUGUCGCUGUGAACGAGGCUGGCGAAGACUCCAUCCAGUAUGACGUCAGAGUGCUGCUGCCCCCCACCAUCCGUGGCUCUGAUUCAGACACCCCAGAGGAGAAGACGGUGCUGCUCAACAAAACCACCCAGCUAGAGUGUGUGGUGGGCGGAAGCCCCGCCCCUCAGAUCAGCUGGCUCAAGGACAACCAGCCAAUCACAGCCGAUGACUCACAUCGCAUUCUGUCCAAUGGCCGCACGCUACAGGUGAUUAAUGCCCAGGUGACAGACACCGGACGAUAUGUAUGUGUGGCAGAGAAUGUGGCAGGGAGUGCAGAGAAAUCCUUUAACCUGAAUGUGCAUGUGCCUCCCUCUAUCGUGGGUGUGAACCCUGAGAAUGUGACGGUGGUGCUGAAUAGCUUUGUGUCUCUGAGCUGUGAGGCCACAGGAUUCCCUCCCCCCUCCCUCAGCUGGCUCAAGGACAGGAGGCCGUUGGCCAACACCAACGCACUCAUCAUGCCAGGAGGUCGGACGCUGCAGAUCCUGAGAGUGAAGAUGUCCGAUGGGGGGAAGUACAGCUGUGUGGCCAUCAACCCGGCAGGAGAGGCCCAGAAGCUCAUACACCUCACUGUGCUCGUCCCUCCCAGUAUCAGGGGCAGCAGUGGCGACUCUCCCGUGUCGGUCAGCGUUCGUGUAGGGAACUCCGUCACCCUGGAGUGCGAGUCCAACGCCGUCCCGCCCCCCACCAUCACCUGGUACAAGAACGGCCGGCCUGUGGCAGAGACGGCCAACCUACGCAUCCUCGCCGACGGACAGAGACUGGAGCUGAAGGGGGCCGAGGUAUCAGACACAGGCCAGUAUGUGUGUAAAGCCUCUAAUGUGGCUGGACAGGUGGACAAGAACUUCCACCUCAACAUCUAUGUCCCCCCCAGUAUAGACGGUCCUGCGGUGGAGCGCGUGGUGGAGACCAUCAGUAACCCGGUCACCUUCUCUUGCGACGCCUCCGGCAUCCCCCCACCCAGCCUUACCUGGCUCAAGAAUGGACGACCCAUAGAGAACUCGGACUCCCUGGAGAUGCAUAUUGUGUCUGGGGGCAGUAAGCUGCAGAUCGCCCGCUCCCAGCUGGCAGACUCGGGCACCUACACCUGCCUGGCAUCCAACCUGGAGGGCAAGGCCCGCAAGACCUACCACCUCACCAUACAGGUGCCACCCAGCAUCGCGGGCUCUGAUUUGCCAAGUGAAGUGGGCGUGCUGCUGAAUGACAGCGUACAGCUGGUGUGUCGAGCACUGGGAACUCCACCUCCCAUAGUGCAGUGGCUAAAGGAAGGAAAAGCCUUGACCCGAGAAGACCUGAAGAACAUCAGGAUGAGCCCAGACAACAGCACCCUGACAGUGACUCGAGCUCAGCCAUCUGAUGGGGGUAAAUACACGUGUGUGGCCACCAACAAAGCAGGGGAGGAGAACCGCAUCUUCAACCUCAACGUCUAUGUCCCUCCUGUGAUCCAGGAUAACGGUGGCUCGGCGGUUGACCUGACGGCAGUGCUGGACAGCUCUGUGAGCGCGGAGUGUGUGGCGGUGGGCUUCCCUCCUCCGCAGCUCAACUGGCUGAAGAAUGGCCUCCCUUUGCCCGUGUCCUCGCACACGCGCCUGCUCUCGGCCGGACAGGUCCUCCGCAUUGCUCGUGCGCAGGUGUCGGACGGUGGCAGCUACACCUGUGUGGCCUCCAACAGGGCAGGUGUGGACAACAAACAUUUCAACCUACAGGUGCACGUUCCUCCGACCCUGGAGGGAGCGGGCAGUCUUGAGGAUAUCAACGUGGUGGCAGGUAGCCAGGUGACCCUGGCGUGUGUGGCAGACGGGACGCCCCCGCCCACCCUGACGUGGCAAAGGGAGGGGGUGACGGUGCGUCCGGAUGUCCAUCUCAGUCUGCCCAACCAGGGCUCAACGCUGCACAUCCUCAGUGCCAACGUCAGCCACACGGGGCGCUACACCUGCACGGCAGCCAACCAGGCUGGAGAGGCCAGCAGAAAUUACAACCUCAAAGUGCUGGCACAUUGCCCUCCUCAGAUCCGAGGUGUUGGCGUGCCUGAGGUGUCGGUUGGUGGUGGGCGAUGCUGGAGCUGCUGUCUUGAGGGCCGACGUGGGUGCCCCUACCCACGGGUCACCUGGAUGAAGGACGCAGGCCACUGCCCCAGACGACGCCCGUCGCCUGCCGGGGAGAACUGCUAUAUGGCCUCGCCUCAGCCCUUCGUCCACUCUCCUGCCCGUGGCGGCUCUGUUGUGGUGGCAGACAUUAACGAGUGCGAGGCAGUGCCCCCUCCGUGCGCCCACCGCUGUGCCAACAGCCCCGGCAGCUUCCGUUGCGUGUGCCCGCCUGGCCAGCACCUCCUGGGGGACGGCAAGUCGUGCGCCGGGCUGGAGCGCUUGCCCAGCUACCAGAGCCUCACCUAUGGCUACCAAGGGUGGCAGGGCUCGUCCGGCGGUGGCCGGCGCUACCACAGCCUGGCGGCGCAGAGUUUCGACUCCUACCAGCGCCCGGCGACACCCUCGCGCUCGCGCCGGCACGCCGCACACCCGCUCCACCCACGCUCGCACCCUGACCCUCUCUCCUGCCCCCCAGGGCUCAGGCCAGGGACUGGCCGCUGCGUAGACAUCAAUGAGUGUGAGCAGCGUGACACGUGUCAGCACGAGUGUGUGAACACACCUGGCAGCCACAAGUGCCUCUGCCCCUCCGGCUACCGCCUCAUGACCAACGGCAAGACUUGCCAGGACAUAGAUGAGUGUCAAGAGCAGAACAUCCAGUGUGGAGCCAACAGGAUGUGCUUCAACAUGAGGGGCAGCUACCAGUGCAUCGACACGCCUUGCCCCCCCAACUACCAGAGAGAUGGUGCAACAGGUUUCUGCCUGAAGAACUGCCCGCCCAACGACCUGGAGUGUGCGCUGAGCCCCUACGCCCUGGAGUACAAGCUUCUGUCGCUGCCGUUCGGAAUCGCCGCCAACCAGGACCUGAUCCGGCUGGUGGCCUACACGCAGGAGGGCGUGGUGCACCCACGCACCACCUUCCAGGCACUGGAGGAGCAGGAUGAGCAGAUGCCGUUCGCGCUGCGCGACGAGGGCCUCAAGGGGGUGCUGUUCACCACGCGGCCCCUGCGCCAGCCGCACACCUACCGCAUGAAGGUGCGGGCGCUGUCGUACGGCACCGACGGCAACAUCGACUACCACACCACGUUCAUCGUCUACAUUGCCGUGUCCGCCUAUCCCUAUUAAAGGAGCACUUUAUGAUGGCAAGAGGGAAGAGAGAAAGAAAAAGAGAACGAGUGAGAGAGAAAAAAGGAUGGAAAAUAAUGGUCAUGUCUCUUUCUCAGCAAGAGUUGGGUUGAGUGUGUAUAUGAAUGUGUGGGAGUGUGUUGUGUGUGUGUGUGUGUGUAUGUGUGUAUGUAUCUGUGUGCAUGUGUGAUAAUUUUGUUGGACACACUUGAACAAACAAAAAAAAUUGAAUCCAAAUAUCCAAUCACCUGUCAGAGGAACUGCCAACUGAAUGGCUCGACAUCGCCCCCUGGUGUCUUGGAGGUCUUCCAAACCUCUCUUCCAUUGUUGGCCUGUACAGGGAGCUUCAAGUGAUGAGAUGGAUGAGGCAGAACCAAACGGUUAGAUGGCCUACUCAGGCAUAUUUCAAGUUGAGGGUUGGAGAAAAAAAUGCAACCAAAUGGCUACGUCUACCUACUAACUUAUUAAUAUGUGCUUGAAAAUGGAUAAGGUCGGUGUAUCAGCGAGAGGGGGCAUAGUUGAAAUAAGCGAUGGUGCUUGUGUGGGUGACAUGAAACUCCAAUGGGCUUGGGUUGUCCCUCUCCCACCCAUUUGACACCCAACCUCAGGUAAGCAUACAAACCCAUUGCAUAAUAGCCCCACCGCUUUCACUCGUAGCUUCACUUCAGCCCACAGUCCACUACUCCUGUGGUCCCAUACAGCCACAGACAUCAGUCAGUACCUAAGAUGUAUUCUAUUUUGAAUAUUUGUAUAUAAGUGUUUUUAUUCUGUAAUAUGAUUCUAUACUGUACGCUAUUCAUGUCUUUUUGUAAAAAAUGAAACAAUAAAUGUAUGACACAAA